GCUAAAAUUUACGUGUUCAAUUUAUUUUUAGACUCUGUCUAUACCGGGUGGUUUAACUUUACAAAGGAGAUGACAGAAGCAGUGAAGAAUAGUUCUGGUCAUAUAUUUCCGUUAAUGUACGAAGACUUAUUAUUGGAAACGAAGAAAAAUAUAACUAAUUUGGCCAAAUUUUUAGAAGUUCCAUAUACGGAAAACUUUAUCAACGAAGUUAUAGAAAGGUGUAGUUUCAAAAAUCUUAAGGGCAAUAAAAGAGAUGUCUCUGAAGUAAUUCAGCCAGACAAGAAAUCUACACUUUUCCGGAAAGGAGUUAUAGGCGAUUGGAAAAACUGGUUCACGGUUUCACAGAACCAGCAGCUUGAUGAACUUUACCACAAGGAAAUGAAAGAUGUUGAUGCAAAAUUCAAAUAUGAAUAUUCACAGUAGACUGCAAAUUCUUCUUUUAAUUGAAGUGAAAAGAAUAUAUUUUUUAAAUCGGAAAUUUCUAUUGAAACUUUUUACUCAAAGCACUGAACACUAGUAAUAUAGUUUUUUCUAAUAAGUAAUGGCUGUCUCCGAUUAGAAAUAUUUUUAAGUGUUGUAGAUUUUUUUUGAUAGCCACUUAUGUAUGCACAUUUUUUCAAGGUACAGCUUUCCUUAAGAAAUGUACCUCGAAAUUUAGCCACACUGUUUAUUUCAGUAUCAUAAUCUAUGACAAACGAGCGAGACGAGCCAAUUUUGAAAUUAUAACUUUUCCUCACCUUAGCAGCACCAUUCCAACUUCACUCUCGUAUUGAGUAAACAUUCUCAACUCAUACUUAGUCUUUGUAAAACUUCAUUGGGGUUCUGGUUU